CAAAACCGGAUGAAGAAUGAAGACAACUCAAUAAUGGAUCAUCCUGAAACCUUGUGCGCGCUAUUGCACAAAUAUACAAUCAUGAAAGUCAUGUUGGAACAAUUAUAUGUAACCUACACUUCUAAAAAAAACCUUCAAGCAAAUGUAGGCGAUGCCAGUUUUAGCCUAUAAUCUUUUGACCUUCAAAUCACCUCAGUACUUGGAAGCGUUUAGAUACUGAGCUCAGGGUUUACAUGUCUUGAAUUAAUAUCAGCACAGAUGUUCCUUAUACCUUUGUUUGUGUUGACGCAUUUACACAGGAAAAUUGCAAAUGUUUUAUUAUCCCCCUAUAACAGUUACACACCUAAAGUCAGUGGUACCCAUCACCAGCACAAUAGCUACUGGGUUAGCUUUACCAUGUGUCAGCAACUCAUAUGGAGACACAACAUGAAUGACAGUGGGUUUCCCCCUUUCUGCCUGACGUUUCAUCAUUAGGUGUCAUGCAGGUGCGCAGUUCAGUGAGAGCAGCAUCCACCGCGCAUCAUCACAGCUGCUGGAGGAGCAGUGACGAAAGUCCACCGCAGUGACCUUGAGACUCUGCCUGUGUAAAAUGCAACUGCGCCAUCUGCUGCCCAGAUGCUCUCACAGCAACAAGCGCCACCGGCAGACAUCUCCUAGUGCGGCAUGGACUGAGUUCAUUAUCAGUAAAAGGAUAUGUAUGUUAAUUCAACGGCGGCGGUACUGAGAAAUAAGAAAAGGUGUUCGGUCUUCAAGCGCUGAUCCUGGAGGAGAUAACUGGUAAUCCAUUUAUAAUGAGGGAGCUUUGGACCAGAUGCAUUGGGCAACCGAAUACCCUGCAUGUGGCGGUAAGAAGCAGUCCCCUAUCAACAUCCAGCGACGCAACGUGAAGCACAACCCAGACAUGUUACAGCUGGAGCUCACCGGAUAUGAUGCUCAGAAAGGCGAUUUUACAAUGAGCAACAACGGGCACUCCGUUCAAAUCAACUUGCCUCCCACUAUGAAGAUCACCAAAGGCCUCCCAGACACAUACACAGCUGUCCAGAUGCACCUGCACUGGGGUGGUUGGGAGGUGGAGGAAAGUGGAGCAGAACACACCAUAGACGGCAUCCGCUACAUGGCAGAGCUCCAUGUUGUCCAUUACAAUUCUGACAAGUACGAGAACUUUAAAGAAGCCAGCGAUAAGCCAGACGGGUUGGCAGUACUCGCAUUUUUCUAUGAUGACGGGCAUUUCGAGAACACUUACUACAGUGAUUUCAUCUCCAACCUGGACAAAAUCAAGUAUGCAGAUCAGUCCAUGAAUAUAUCGUUCAUCGAUGUGCGCUCCAUGCUCCCCGAGAACCUCAACCAUUUUUUCAGAUACGAGGGCUCCCUUACCACUCCACCCUGCUAUGAAAGCAUCCUCUGGACUGUGUUUGAUACACCCAUCACUCUGUCACAAAACCAGAUCAGAAAACUGGAGAGUACGCUGAUGGACACUGACAACAAGACCCUCAGGAAUGACUACCGCAUCGCUCAGCCUCUCAACAGCCGUGUGGUGGAGUCCUCUUUCCUGCCACGACUUGGGAAAGGAACAUUUUGUCGGCAAGAUGAAAUUGAAUCCAGGCUCUUGAGGAUCGAGGGUUUGAUAACUACACUUGGAAAGCAGAUGAAUUCAGGUGGAAUGCGCGGCCCAAAGCCUACAAGACAUGAACCUCUUGGUCUGUUUCCUCUGGUGCUCAACUUCCAGGAGAAAAAUGCUGGUAGUUAUGCUUUGGCUAGCCUCAGUCAUCCCAUGAGUUUGGACUCCUUCACCGCCUGUAUGCACGUCCUGACUCAGACUGACAAUGUCCACACUGUCAUUUCCUACUCUAGUAAUGGUAAUGACAAUGAGCUGGUGAUCUCCAUCAGUACAAGAGAAGUGGGCCUCUGGAUUGGCAACAAGUUCAUCAACCUGCCGUACAGCUUCAAGUCUCAGGACUGGGCCAACUACUGCGUCUCCUGGUCAUCCCACACCGGUAGCGCAGACCUGUGGAUCAACGGCAUGGUGGGGGAGCAGCGGAAGCUGAAUGAAGGUUACACAAUCAGCCCUGGUGGUGUGUUCAUCCUGGGCAAAGACCAGGAUGUAUUACUAGGCAUCUCAAACUCAAACGCCUUUGUGGGUAAGAUGACUGAUGUCAAUGUGUGGGACUAUGUGCUGACCACAGCAGAUAUCCGGAACCAGAUGUCAUGUCAGAGGAACAGCACCAAAAUUGGAAAUGUGUUCAGCUGGGGAACCACUGGACUUAGCCUGUAUGGAGGGGUGCAGCUGGACAGCGGGUACAGAUGCUCCUGAAAAGGCUCAGCUGUUUGUUUGUAUGAACUUUAAAAUGCUGCAAGGAAGCAAAAUAUCACUGCUGAAGGUAAACAUUUAGCAGGAUUACGACAUAUGCAACGAGGGCUGAAAAGUCUUUCAGGCACCUUUAAAUCAUUACUGAAUGAAAACUAUAUUUCAUAGCUUCAGCCAUGUAUUCUGUUCAUUUCUUUGCAUCAUCAAUAAAGGCUU